GAUGACCCGUCCUGUCCCGUGUCCUCGUGGACAACUCAGCAGGUCUGUCAGUGGCUCAAAGGACAGAACAUGGAGCAAUAUGUCCCAGAAUUCAGUGCGAGAGACAUCGAUGGACGGGAGCUGCUGCAGCUGGACGGCAACAAGCUGAAGGGUCUGGGCGUGCUCAGUUCGUCUGAUCGCAGCACUCUGAAGCGUCGCAUUAAAGAGAUUCAAACUGCAGCAGAGAAAGAGAGAAAAGCUCUGGAUAAGAUGGAGAAACAGAAAGAAAAACAACGAAGAAAAGACCAAGAACAACGCAGGAACUGACCACCAGGGAGAGACAGAGAGGGGGGACGGAGGACAGCGAGGGGGAGGACGGAGGCC